AUCUUUUGAUUGUUUCUUGAGAAGGAGAGCACAAAUAUGUCUGCUCGCAUUGGACGAAACAUGGCAGAGUCGUGGAAUCGGUAUCUUUUACACUUCGCCAACGAUCAUUUCGACUUUAAACUUGCAGAACUAAAGUCAAUUGCUUCAGCUGUCGAUUGUCAAAUGCAGAUAGUUGAUGAAAACUAUGAUAGAGAGUGUCCUUUCCUUGAGCUGAGAUUAAAGUCAGAUGAGGAGGGCCAGCGUUUGAUGCAGAGGUCGACUCUAGGAAGAUCUUUAUUUGAAUUGAUGGCAAAAGGGCACAACAUGACAGAAUUAUGUGAGAACCUUCAGAAGCUUCCAGAAACUCAGAGAAGCUUGCCUGCUAGUGCUUCCUUCAGACUGCAGGUUGAUGGGUUUAACAAAAAACUUCCCCAGUCAACAAAGGUCGAGAAAAUUGAGAGAUUGCUUGGAACCUGUUUGAAGUUCAAUGGCCAAGUUGAUCUGAAGAAGCCAGAUCAUAGUUUUCAUUUAUUGGAGUACUAUGGACAUGAGGGGACACCACCACCAGAGCAGCCCCUCUUUCUGUACUUUGGGCGGUGGGUUGCAAAUGGACAGAGAGAGAGAAUAAGACAAUAUCAUUUACAAAAUCGACAUUUUAUUGGCAACACUAGCAUGGAUGCCGAGCUGUCGCUUAUCAUGGCCAACAUGGGUUGUGUGAGAAAGAAUGAUCUUGUCCUUGACCCAUUUGUGGGCACUGGGAGUCUUUUGGUAGCCUGCGCCCACUAUGGGGCCUAUGUCAUGGGUACAGAGAUUGAUUACCUGCUACUUCAUGCAAAAGCUCGUCCUAGUCGUCAUAAUCAGACACAGCGGCAGAAAAGUGAAAGUGUUCAAGCAAACCUGCGACAGUAUGGGCUUGAGUCCCAGUAUCUCGAUGUCCUGGUUGCUGAUGCAUCUCGGCCAGAAAUUUGGAGACAACAGCCACUGUUUGAUGCCAUUAUCACAGAUCCUCCAUAUGGAAUUCGUGAACAGACAAGAAAGAUUGGUUCAGAACAGCCUCCUGCUGCAAUUCCUGAGAGUUGCCUGAAAAACCAUCAUCCACAGAGAAUUCGCUACCAUUUAUCUGACAUCUUCAGAGAUUUGCUGGACUUUGCUGCCCGCUAUUUGAGGCUCAAUGGUCGAUUGGUGUACUGGCUUCCAGUCUUCAGACCAGAGUACUUAGAUGGCAACAUUCCACAGCAUCCCUGUCUGAAGAUAAUUGCCAACUGUGAACAGCCUCUCAAUACGACUAUCUCACGACGACUCAUAACUAUGGAGAAAAUCAUGGAGUGUGAGGAACAUUUGGCACAGUCUGCCGCCACAGUGGAUGUCGAUCAUUAUGAAGAUAUGUCAUUCCGCCAGCGCUACUUUCGACCAAACAGAACAAUACUGAAGGAACAACAAACUUUACAGCAUUCAUGAUUGGAGAGAAUGUGAGAGGGAUUAGAGAGUGUAUGUGUGUGAGAGAGCUGUGCGAGUAUAUGAGUGAGUGUGUAUGUGUGAAAUAACGUGUGUGAAGUGUGUGCAUGAGAGGAAGUGUAUGUGUUUGUGUGAGAGAAGGAAAAUGCAUGAGUGUGUGGCCAUUCGACCUGGUACCUUUAAGAAAAAAGCAACAAAAACCAAAAGUGUAUUUAAAAGAUGCCUUCCAAAUAAAGUAAUGCAUUUACAAUUG